UCUUGUUUCAUUAUUUUUCUUUUAAUAAAAUAGUCUUCAAAGUUUUUUCGUUAGCAUACUCUGAUUUUGAACAAUGUCAUCCAUUUUAUAAAAUAAUAACACAGCUAAGAGUUGUCGAAUCUUACUCGAAAUUUCAAGGUGCAACUACCACUCAAUUUUCCUUUGUAUUAGAAAGCAGAACUGGGAAAUGUGCCUGGAAAACCAAAUCCAUCAGUCGCAUUAAAUUUGAAAGUUAGGUUGGAGGAGUAGCUACCCCUAGAGGGUUGCGUUGGUACCUGAAAGUUCCAUAUCCAAGAAGUUCAAUCGUAUUAUUUCUUCCACCACUUUGCAAUCUUAAUGUUAUACUGUUACAACUUUGAAAGGAAAAAUCAGCAAUUCGAUUAGCCGAAAAGAUUGAUGAAGAUGAAGCAAAUCGAGCAGGGGAAUUCACUCUCGCCGCCACCUCCACCACCGCCACUUCCAAGGUUCUGGGAUAAGAAGGCUGUUCCGGAGAGCGUGACAAAGCAAGAAAUCGCGAGGUUCUGGUGUCAGAAGCGCAUUAACGAAGAGGAGCAUCUCCUUGCCGCUAUCAAGGCCGCAGCAUGUAUUCGAGCCCUCAAUCUCUCGGAGGAAGAUUACAGACGUUUCGAGGAGUCCUUGAACAACGAUGGCAAAGACAAUAAGGACAGCUCUUCUGCUGCCAACGACAGUAAUGAGAAGGCGAGUGACAACGAAAUUCGUGUUGGAAUCAAGGACUGGUGGACGAAAAGCAAGCACGCAUACUUGAACCAACCCGCCAUAGAGUCCUCCGUGGAUCCUCCGAAAAGGCAGACUUCCACAUUUUGCUCCGAAUUGUUUCGCUUACACGCCUGCGCGGCUCUACCCUACUUCUGUUGGUGUGUUUUAGACCAGUUGAUGAUCAUCAGAUGGUUCAGUUCAAAUGAAGGUUUACAGCCUCUGCAAGUAUAUUUAUUUUGGUGUGGAGCUGUGAUUGCAAAGCUUUGGGCAAUCUUUUAUGUUUCAGAACACAAAUUACACUUCAAUUCAAAAGUCCAAACCAGAUUGGUUUUUUUUUUUUUUUGUCAAAAAAUUAGAUUGGUAGCUCAAGAAUAAAUUUUUUUCUCCCAA